UCUGUCUCUGCUCGAGUCUGGAAAAUUCUCUGCCCUUCUAUAAAUGCUUGUCAGACGUUAGGCUGCAAGACAACGUGGACUUGAAGCAACUUGAUCAUAAGCUCAUAUCCUGCUCGGAUACAAGUGUGACUGGUGCACAACGAUAGCACAAUCUCAGCUGUGGCGUGUACUUUAUUUACAGUAGCAUUCAUAAGUGAGUAACGUUAGCUGAGGUUAGCUUAGAGAUUUAACCAACGUUGGUGAGCUAGCUGCAGUUGACGAGUCCAAUUGUUGUUUGCUGCACUUGGCGUGGUUUGAGAAGUAUUUAGCUUUAGCCACCACUACUAUUAGCCAGUGUAAAUUUGUAUUGUUUUGCAGCUCAUAGCACGAGGGGGAAUUAGCUUCAUGACAAUGACUGCAGAGGAGCAGACAAGUGAAGGACAAAACGCCAUCCCCAUGGAAGGAGAAGACAUCACACCAAAGAAAGACGGGGGUGUUUUGAAGCUGGUGAAAAGGGAAGGCACAGGCACAGAGUUUCCCAUGACUGGUGACAAAGUUUUUGUGCAUUAUGUGGGCACACUUCUGGAUGGGACUCACUUCGACUCCAGCAGAGACAGAGGAGAGAAGUUUUCCUUCGAGUUGGGCAAAGGUCAAGUCAUAAAGGCAUGGGACAUUGGCGUAGCCACAAUGAAAGUGGGAGAGUUGUGCCAGCUCAUCUGUAAGCCAGAGUAUGCUUACGGAUCUGCAGGCAGCCCACCCAAGAUACCUCCCAGUGCAACCCUUGUUUUUGAGGUUGAACUGUUUGAAUUUCGAGGCGAGGACAUAACUGAGGAUGAGGAUGGAGGAAUCAUUCGUCGCAUUAUCACUAAAGGACAGGGAUAUUCCAAGCCUAACGAAGGAGCUUCUGUUGAAGUUACUGUGGAGGGAACCUACGAGGGACGUGUAUUUGAUGAGAGAGAAUUGAAGUUUGAGAUUGGAGAUGGAGAGAAUCUUGGCUUGCCAGUUGGAGUGGAGAAAGCUAUCAUGGCUAUGGAGCAGGAAGAGGAGGCACUUUUCCACAUUAAGCCUAAAUAUGGCUUUGGAAAUGUAGGAAAUGCAAAAUACAACAUUCCUGGUGGAGCAACACUGCAAUACAAAAUCAAGCUGACAGCCUUUGAGAAGGCAAAGGAAUCGUGGGAGAUGAACACAGGAGAGAAGCUGGAACAGAGCAGCAUUGUCAAAGAGAAAGGAACGCAGUAUUUCAAGGAGGGAAAAUACAAGCAGGCGUCAGUGCAGUAUAAAAGGAUUGUGUCGUGGCUGGAACAUGAAUCUGGUUUGUCAGAGGAGGACGAGAAGAAGGCGAAAGCACUGCGGCUAGCUGCGCAUCUGAACUUGGCCAUGUGCUUCCUUAAACUGCAGGAGUCAAACCAAGCCCUAGAAAGCUGUGACAAGGCUCUGGAGUUGGAUCCAUCCAAUGAGAAGGCUUUGUUCCGAAGAGGAGAGGCGCUGUUUGGUAUGAAGGAGUUUGACAGGGCAAGAGAUGACUUCCAGCAAGUUAUUCAGCUGUAUCCUGCCAACAAGGCCGCCAAGAGCCAGGUUGCUCUUUGUCAGAAGCGUCUCAAGGAGCAGCAUGAGAAGGACAAACGCAUCUACGCCAACAUGUUCCAGAAAUUUGCAGAGAGGGAUUCAAAGGUGAAGAAAGAAGCAGAGAAAGGGAAGAGUGAGAGCAAGGAGAACGGCGAGGAUGAGAUGGAGAUUGGGAACGGGGAAAAAGCGUAGAUGAAGAUGUGACUAUGGUUCAUCUGUACUUCAGACUUUUGUAACUUCAGCCAUUUGUGUUUAAGGUGUGCCUGUGUGUGUGAGUGAGAGCGAGAAUGAGCGUGUCAGCGAGAGCACUGGCUUUCUGUGUGUCCGGGCUUUUUGCUGCAGCAGCUGCACAAGUGGGUGAGGCUUCCCCAGCUGAUGGCACUAUGGGACGUGGUUUUAUUAAAUGAAUUGUGUGCCACAACCCCAUCUCUGAACCCUUUGAACCCACAGCUUUGAACUGUACAUGUGUUGGGUUUAUUUGUUUUUUAUUUUCCAGUGUUUUGGGUAGGAAAAAAGUGGAUCCAAAUGUUAAAUGCAGAAUUUCAAACCCUCACCCGUUAAGGGCUAGACCAUUCACCUUGCGCUAACCUCACGUUCUGUGCUAUCCAUCCAACACUCCUCCACGUGGGCCUACUGAUCAAUUCCUGGAGUUGUGCUGGUUGUGUGCAUAGAUAUGAUGUGCCUGUGUCCCAAAGUACGCAUGUAGCAGCACUGUGGAUAGGUGGAGUAAUAAGACGUUAGCCACUGGAGCUCCCCUAUAGGCCCCCAGCGUACAGGACUGUUCGCCUUUUACUUUGGAAAUAUUGACUUUGUACUUAUUUCUUUUCCAGUGUUGUGCUUGUGAUUUCUGUAUUGUUCUUGAAAUGAAUACAACCAAUUGCUUAACUGGAAUAUGUGCAAUUUUAAAGCAGCUAGAAAGAACAUCAAUUUGCUUCUCCUGGACACGCUUAAGUAAUAAAACAGUUAAGUCUUAAUUCACUGUAAAAAGAACGUAUGAACGUGUGCAUAUGGCUCAUUAGAUUCAGGCUGUUGAAGUCAGUACGCCAGAGGAAGAUGUGAGCCCUGUUCAUUUUAGUUAACAGCACCUGUAGAGUGGGGCAGAAACUGAACCAAGGGGCUAAUAGAAGCGAGGUUGUGGGUCGUGUUGAGUUUAUCUUCGUCUCUUGGAAGGGUUGCUGCUUGGUGUGCCCUGACAGAAGGAUAUAAUAAACAAUAGCUACAACUUGA